AUGAAUUGGCUAAUGGAGAUUGAGAAGAUCUUCAAUGUGAUGGAGUGUCCCCUCUCUCAAAAGUCAGAAGGAAGUGGAAUCCUUGAGCUAAAGCAAGGGAAUGAUAUAGUGGCAGAUUAUGUUGCCAAGUUUGAUGCUUUGGUUCGCUAUUGUACUCACUACCAUGGUGAGGGUGGUGAAAGGGCUGAGUGCAUUAAGUUCGUGAAUGGCCUUCAUCCUAAGGUGAAGACAACAAUCAAUUAUCAAGAGAUUUAUCAUUAUCCAACGCUUGUCAACAAGUGUAGAAUCUACGAACGUGACAACCGUGCGCGUGCUGCUUUUUACAAGGGAACUGGAGGUCCUAUUCGUGCUGCAAGUUCUAGUGCUCUGGGUAAGAGUAAGCCUUACUCCGCUCCUGUCAAGUUUCAAGGAAAUCAUGCUAGAAGUAGACCUGUUGCUGGAAGUUUUCUCGUGAGCAAUGCUGCUAGUGUAGGAGGCUCUAUUUCUACACCUACGAGUCGAUGCAAGAAAUGUGGGCAACAUGGGCAUGAACACUAUAGUUGUCCUGACAAGGAGAUAACAUGCUUCAAUUAA